AUGAAGCAAGCAUUGGUGGGUGCAGCCUGCAUUGCCAGCUGUACAGCUGUGGAUAUUCGUGUCGCAUCCUCUGGCGGAAACCUUACUGGCAAGUUUGGGCAUCCUUAUGGUUAUGGCUUCCUCCACGAGGACAUCAAUAAUUCCGGCGAUGGCGGCAUCUACGCAGAAUUAAUUAGAAACCGAGCGUUCCAGUACAGCCCUGAGUUCCCAGUAUCUACUACCGGGUACUUUCCUAUCGGCGGCGCUGAGCUGAGCAUCGCCAACUUGAGUGAGCCUCUUUCACAAGCCCUGCCGGCUUCUUUGCAAGUCACAGCUGGCAACGGCAGUGGCCAGGUAGGAUUUGAAAAUGAAGGCUAUUGGGGUAUGGACGUCAGGCAGCAAAGGUACACCGGAUCUUUCUGGGUCCGCGGAGGGUACAAUGGCUCCUUUAUUGCAUCUCUGAAGUCAAACUUGACAGAUGAUGUUUUCGGAUCUGUUGAAGUCGAGUCUCAAGCCACGCCAGACGAAUGGGUUGAACACACCUUUGAGCUUGUCCCAGAUCGCGAUGCUCCGAACUCCAACAACACAUUCUCUCUCACUUUCGAUACAGCAGGCGUGGAGGGCGAUACGCUGGACUUCAACUUGAUCAGCUUGUUCCCGCCAACUUACAAAGACAGAAAGAAUGGGCUUCGUAUUGACAUCGCACAAGCCUUGGCGGAUAUGAACCCACAUUUCCUCCGCUUCCCAGGUGGUAACAUGCUCGAGGGUCUCACGAACGACACAUACUGGGACUGGAAAGACACUCUCGGACCAUUGAAAGAUCGUCCUGGGUUCCAAGGUGUGUGGGAUUAUCAGCAGACCCACGGCUUGGGCAUCAUGGAAUACCUCUACUGGGCCGAAGACAUGGGUCUCGAGAUAGUCCUUGGUGUCUGGGCUGGUCUUGCGUUAAACGGCGAUGUCACUCCUGAAGCUGAUAUCCAGCCUUUCAUUGACGACGCCCUCAACGAGAUCGAGUUCGUACGAGGCUCGGCCGACACUACCUGGGGCGCCCGCAGAGCAGAACUCGGUCAUCCAGAGCCGUUCGAAUUGAACUACGUCGAAAUUGGCAACGAAGACUGGCUCGCAGGGUAUCCAGGAGGUUGGGACAGCUACCGCCAAUACCGCUUUCCACUCUUCUACAACGCAAUCAGAGAGAAGUAUCCAGACAUCCAAGUCAUCUCCUCCGCUGCUACAUCCGACCCUGUCUCUGCGCCCGAAGACGCUCUCGAUUUCCCUCCAGAUGCCAUCGGAGACUAUCAUCCCUACAGAACCCCCAACGAGCUUGUCGAGGAGUUUGAUCGCUUCGACAACGACAUCGGCCACAUCGUUGGCGAAGUCGCCGCAACGCACGUCAACGGCGUGACCGAGCCUCGCUGGGAAACUGGUCUGUACUACUACCCAUGGUGGCAAGGUGCCGUGGGCGAAGCAGUCUCUCUCAUCGGCUACGAACGCAACUCCGACCGCAUUCCAGGAACCUUCUACGCUCCUGUCCUCAAGAACGAAAAUCGCUGGCAAUGGGCCAUCACCCUGAUCCAGUUCGCCGCUGAUCCAAGAAUGACGACGAAGGCCGUGACGUGGUACUGCUGGUCUCUUUUCGCCCACCAUCCUAUCACCCACACUCUUCCCGCGCCAUCCAAUUCCAGCUUCGGACCUGUCUACUGGGGUGCCGGCAAAGACGAAUCCCGCAAUGACGCUUUCGUCUGGAAGGGUGCUGUGUACAACACCACGAACAGCAGCAGCGUGCCUAUUUCGGUACACUUUGAAGGUAUCACAGAAGGCACAUUGGCGAACUUGACGGUUUUGACGAACUCUGGCGAGAAUGGAUAUGCUUACAAUGAUCCUCACACUGGCAUCAAUGUCGUUGAGACCACAACGUCCAUUUUGACAGCUGGCGCGGGAGGUGUUUUCAGCUUUACCUUGCCUGAGCUGAGUGUUGCGGUUUUGGACACCGAUCAGGCCGGUGUUGGGAAUGGCGGGAACGGGACUUCGCCUUCGCCGCCGCCAGGAUACGGAACUCCUCCAGGGUAUGGCAAGCCACCUGGGUACGGAAAGCGAUCAUUGAGACGCUUCGCGGCUUGA